AUGCUGGGGAUCAGGCGGGAGGCCAGGGCCCUGCUGAAGGGCCUCCGUAGAGGUGUUGUGAUGCACCAAAUUGGGGUGAAACAGGCCAAAGAGGGCCGCGUCAUCCCCAAGGCGGUGCUCCGUCAAUGCCUCUCGGAGGCCAAGAAGCGGAUACCGGAGGUCCUGGACCAGCUCGAGAACGACCUGCAGCAAAAGACCCAGUUCUCCUUUUAUGGCUACUUGACGGCCUACUACGCCUCCAUUUACGGGCACCGGCUGGGGGUUUUUCAGAACCUCACCAUCCGGGAGGUGGAGGGGGCCGUCAAGUCGCCUAGCACGGGGGACUACCUCAUAAACAUCUCUCUACACAAGACGAAUCGGGCGUUCGGCCCGGCGCAGAUGUCCCUGACCGCCGAGGAGUAUGGAUGGUUUUGGCGGUUCCUGGCGCUGCGCGACCGGCUGGUCGGCGGGCCGGACGCCCGUCUAUUUUUUUUCACAUCGACACCCAACCCCUGUAAGAAUCUCAACAACUACUUUCAGGGGGCUUGGGUGUCGAUGGGCCUGCCGGGGAAGCCAACUUUCAUGGACAUGCGGACCUCCAUCGUCACCCACGCCCGUAACACCCACUCGAAGGCCUACCGGGAAAAAAUGGCAAAGUUCAUGUGCCACGACACCUCCACGGCCGACCGGUUCUACGCCAUGAACCUGAACAUCCGGCAGGCCGUGGAGCACCGUCGGCUCUUCGAGGGGGCGUUGGUGGGGGAGGAGGUCUCGCCGGCGAAGCCGGCCGCAGAGGAAGAGGGGCGGAAGAGGACGGGCAAAAGCAAGCACGGCCGGGGAGCGGCCAAGAGACGGAAGGACGAGUCCCCGACCUCCUCGCCGCCCACCUCCGAAAGCAGUACGGAGGAGGAAGGCGAGGCGGUCCCCUAUCAGGAGUCCGGGGUGUCCAGCCUCGACUCUCCCCCUAGCUUGGAAAAGUACCCGGGGGAAAACGUGGCGAGCUCGGACUCCUCGUCCUCGUCCUCCAUCGGGGCGUCCCCGGUCCGGACGCCCAGCGACCUGUCCGCCCCCUCCGCGGAACAGGCUUCGCCGGCGGUCCGACAACCAGAGCAGGCCGACCCCGAGCAGGCCGACCCCGAGCAGGCCGUUCCCGAGCAGGCCGACCCCGAGCAGGCCGAUCCCGGGCAGGCAGCACCGGCGCUGGGCCUCCUGAGCCGUCCGAAGAGGGUGGUCAGGAAACCGGUGGUGGUCCUGACGCCGGUCAAGCCUGCCCUCAGCCCGUUGAGCCGAAGUAAAAUAUGCAGGGUCUCGGGCGUCUGA